CAUCUUUACAUGGAAUAUGAUGAGGAUGAUGAUAUUUUCUUUGCAAAAUGGAUGAGCAGCUUCUGGGGCCACAACUUGAUCGAUGAGGAGAAAGAAGGCAGAGGCCACAAGAAGCGCCAGCCACGACUCUGUAGCGAAAGGAGAGCAUCCCUACCGGCCAAGCUUUCCUCCCUCCAUACAACACGACUUCAUGCUUCUGCCAAAGGCUCAUCUUCAGGCCACCUCAGGGGCUCCAAGGAAUUUCAAGAAGACCAAGAUGUCAAAUGCCACUGCCACAAGAAGGCAAGCAGAACACCCUCAGCAGACAGCUCAUAUCCAGAGACAAGAUCAAACUCCAUUCAGAAAUUUGCAGAGUCCUUUGGAAAACAGUUACAUCUCAAAAGCAAACGCUCAGUUUCUUUGCAACCUGAAGGUGCAAAAGAAAGACGAGAAAGAGAAAAAUUGCAUUUGAGAAAAAGCAAGUCUCAUAAGAAAAUGGGAGAGAAAUCAGAGGCAAGGAGAGAGCGGGAAGAAGCUGAAAGUUCAGAAGUACCUGAAAAACACAGCGAACAGUUUCCAUCACAAGCAAGCAUUCAGAAAGGUCAUGUAUGCACAGGCAGCUAGAAUGCAUUGAGAUAACCAAUCUUAACAUUCCCCCUGAAGAGCAGAGCAUUCUUGUUCUGUUUUGACUAGAAGAGGCCUAUUAGCUACAAUAACCCCUCAGUUGGAAAAUAAAGGUAAAAUUCAACUGUAUCACUGGCACCAUGUAACUACCUUCCUUUCUUUACUUUUGUCAUUAGAAAUGUGACCUUUGUCAUGGGAGUGUAUCAGUAGCAAGAUCCAAGUUAGAGAUUAACCAUCAUAAGAGGAUUUCAGGCAUAUUUAGCA